UUUCGGUUUUUUUUUAACGCAAUGUGGUCUUCUGCUAGUUAUACUGGCGAAAAAAAUACUGAGCCUUUAAAAGUGGAAAAGGUGUCAUUUUAGGUAAUAUUGAAGUGCUAGUUCUGUUCAGUGAUGUUUCUUUAGCAGCUGCAGGGCUUAACCUGCAUUUUUAAUGUGUACUCUUGCAGACUGCUUCGACAAAAGGCGAUUCCAGCGAAUGCCUUCCUGCUAUUAAGCUUGUACUUUCAGCACAUCAAUUUUGCCCUGAUUUAUUUCGUAAGAGAAAUGUGUCUUUCUACGAACUUAGAGAGCAAAAGUUUUAAUUCCUUUGUGUCGGAUUCAGAAGAUCACUUGUAUCGAGGUAAAUGUGGAUCUGGCAGCGGUACAUGUGUACUUACAACGGAUGGGGUCUUUGCAAUCUAAGAAUGAGAUCGAGUUGGCAUCAUAGCUGUGUUGCCAACUGUGUGAUCAUGCCUUUUCAGCUCUGACCUGUGCCUGUUUUAUCUGUUUCAUUUCUAGUGUUUACUUCGAAUCGAAGACCGUGGAUGAUACAGGAAGCACAGAGUAAAGAAAGGGUUCAAGAAGGUGAGAUUUCAUCCCUUCAUAAAGCACGCAAGCAUUUUGUUAGUGCUUCUAUUUCUUCAUUGAGCAUUCAUAAAAACUCUGACAGAACUCUGAAAACCAGUAACAUUUGAAUCAAAAUAAUGAUCAGUAGGGAACUUUGAUAUGAAACAGACAGGUCCAAAAAACUAAUUAGUACAUGUUCCACUCAGUAAGUGGGAUAGAGUUGGUAAGUAGAAUACCAGCCAUGGAGCAAACGACGAGGAACAAAAAUUCAGCAGAUUUGUCAUCUGACAGCAACAACAAAGAAAGCACAGCAGUUGAGUUAAGUAAGACAUUUGAAAGAUCACUUUCAGACUAUUCAUCCAACAACAGCAACAACAAAGCAGGUUCGAUGUUUGACCCAAGUAAGACUUUUGAAAGAUCACUUUCAGAUGCUACUCUGCUCAGCCUGCCUCUGUGUGCUUUAGAGUCUACAUUCAAACUGCAGCAUGGACGUGCUGCUUCUGUGGACAACACUCAAGACAACACCAGAUUGCUGCCAACCUCUCCUGUCUCAGAGCGUUCCACUGUGUAUGAAAAUCUGUCAAGUGCAGAAAGUGUGGAAGCGAUGCCAUUAGAGAAUCGUGCAAAAUAUUUAAGGUUUAGAGAGAGGCAUGUAGAUUUGGAGACCAUUCAUCAGGAUGACCAGGAAGUAGAGGCCGUGCAUCAUGAUGUGGUAUUUCAGGACAAACACUUUGCAAACAACAUAGGUGAUGUUGAUGGAGAGAUGCUUAGCAUUGAGCCUCUGUCCCCUGAAGACUGUGAGGGAAGUAGGGAUGCCUCUUUCUACACCAAAUACCCUCUACGUUUUCCACAUGGCUAUUCCUUAGGAAAGUAUCGCCACAAUCUAAAGCUGAGCUACCAGACUCUGUCCCAGCGGCUGGAGGGUUUCAUUAAAAACCUUCAGGAGGCAGAUCCAGCAAUUCAGUGCAGGAUUCUGACCGAUAUUCUGCUGCUCAUCAAGGAAGCAUGGGAUACGCCUGUAUAUGGACGUGACCUGGCCUAUGGACUGUGUGAUAUCAUGCGCAUGGAGGGGCUGGUUGAUAUGCUGAUUCGCAACUGUGACCAGCAAGAUAGCCAUGAUCUUCUCCUGCAUUCAGCUAAUCUCUUAGAACAGGUGAUGUCCACCAGAAACAGAGAGCGGGUGGCCAGGGAUGGUUUGGAAGUGGUUGUCCGAAUGACCCAGCGAUUUUCAGGUAAUCAGCAAAUGGCACUGGCUAUUACUGGCAUCUUGGAAAACCUGUUCAAGCUUUCAGAGGAGACUUGUACCAAGGUAAUAAAUUUGGGUGGUCUAGAUGUGAUUCUGCGAUGGUGCCGAUGCGGCACAGACUAUCAUAUUUUGCGUCGAUGUGCCAAAGCCUUGGCCAACCUGUCCUUAUUUGGGGGUGCUGAGAACCAGGAGGUCAUGGCAAAACAUAAGGUGCCCGAGUGGCUGUUUCCUCUGGCAUUUAGUGAUGACAACAGUGUCAGGUACUAUGCUUGCAUGGCAAUCUCAGCAUUGGUAGCCAACAAAGAGCUGGAGGCUUCUGUGAUCAAAUCUGGUACCCUUGACCUUGUUCUUCCCUUCAUCAACUCUACCCGACCCAUAAACUUCGCACAAAGUGAUGUCACACACAAGCAGGGACGGGACAAGAUCUGGCUAAAACAUCUGAUUCCUCUGCUGUUCAGUCGCCGCCAAGAGGCUCAAGCUCUUGCAGCCUUCCAUUUUGCCAUGGAGGCCAUUAUCAAAGCUGAACAGGGCCGCCAAGAUAUUUUCCAUGAGAUUGAUGCUGUGGAACCCCUGAAGAAAAUUGCUAGCAGCCCCAACACUGUGGCCUCCAAACUUGCAGCAGAGGCACUCAAAGUGAUUGGGGAGAAGAUUCCUCACAAACUGUCACAGCAGGUGCCCUUGUGGACGGUAGAGGAUGUAGCCCAUUGGGUCUCACAGAUAGGAUUUCCUGAUUAUGUUGAGUCCUUCAAGAACUCUCAGGUUGAUGGCGAUUUGUUACUAAUUCUGACAGCAGAGGAUCUCUCCAGUGGCCUUGGGAUGAUCUCAAGUAUAGUGAGGAAAAGGUUUAUGCGAGAACUAAAAUCGCUAAAGAUUACUGCUGACUACUCAGCCAGUGACCCAUCUGGGCUGGAUAAAUGGUUGAUGGAGCUGUGCCCAGAACUGUCCCAGUAUACAUACUAUAUGCUGCGUCAGGGUGUUGACAAGUUUGUCCUCAAGACUCUCACAGACCAGGAGCUGAGGGAAGAAUGUGGAAUCUGCAACAGCAUUCAUCGUCGCAAAAUCCUGCAAGGGAUCCAAGGUGGUAUGUGGACAGAGGUAAAUGGCGAUGUGAGUGUUUCAACACCUGCAAUGAUGCCCCAUAAUCUCCCAUCACUUGACUUCACCACUAGUCUAAACAUCAACCCCACUGGAAUACGUACCAUUGAUGUUUUCAUCUGCUACAGACGCUCUUCUGGAUCUCAGCUUGCCAGUCUCCUAAAGGUGCAUUUGCAGUUGAGAGGAUUUUCUGUCUUUCUGGACAUUGAUCGUCUGCGAGCUGGCAAAUUUGAUGAAAACCUCCUUUUUUCCAUCCAGAUGUCUCAGCACUUUCUUAUCAUUCUGACACAUGAUGCUCUGGAUCGGUGUCUGGAUGACAUUGGUCAAGAAGACUGGGUUCAUAAGGAAGUUAUUGCAGCCCUGGAGAGUAACUGCAACAUUGUGCCUAUUUUUGAUAACUUUGAAUGGCCACCACUUGAAAGACUACCAGAAGACAUGAGAGGAAUAGUUCGUUUUAACUCUGUCAGGUGGGUGCAUGAGUAUCAAGAUGCUUGUGUGGACAAGCUAGAGACAUUUUUGCGGCGAGGACGACGGCGGUUGUCUCAGCAGAGUCCAGGUCACCAGUCCAGCUCCCACCUGUUGGGGUCCGACUCCCACCUGUCGGAGCUGUCCCUACGCUCUCAGGUUUCCUACAGCUCCUCUCAAGGCGGGUUGGAUGUCUUCUCUCAAAGCUGCUGACAGUUGUCUUGUCUCUUCUGUAAUUGAUUGACCAGCAACAACCUGUGAUGGACACCAUAUUCAGCUGGAUUAGCUAAGGUUCUCAGGCAUGCAGCAUUGGUUGUGGGUGAAAUCUGUCAGUGGUGUAGGUGGCAGGCGGACUCUGUAAGAAUGCUUGUAAAUGUGUUACAACAGAGACUGGGUUCUUGCAUACAUUUAACGAAGAAAGAAUUAUUCAGACCCAUAAUCUUGCUGAACUCUUUGCCUCGUGACAAACAUUGUUCAGCUAAAGCUGCAGGUAACUUUUAUGAAAGCAAGUGUUACUUUUUAUGGCUGAUUUUUUUUAAAGUGCUUCCUUCUAGUGGUGAUUUCUCAGCAUGAUGAGGGAGAUGAAAAGGAAGUAAACUGGAAUAUCUGGAGAAUUUCAGUGGCCAGCCUAGGAAAGCAACAUGUAUCAUAUCUAGAGAACAUUGCAGGAAAUUUACAUCAGAACGCAGGGCCUCAAUUGUUGUAUGCUGUUUUAGUAAGAAAAUGCGAUAUUUAUAGACUUUUGUGAGAAUGACAUCCCUCUGUUCUCUCUUGCUGCCUUACUUUCCUUAACUCUCUAUGGACCCACACCUGGAUCAGCUGUUGAGGGGAAGAAUGUUGUGUCAUUAGAGUAUUCCAUGAGUGUACUGGCUAUCCUGUCGGCUCUCCAUUAUAGGUAUGCUCAAAUGUACCAUUCAGUAGACACAUGAUCCAGACAUCUUGGAGAAGAGCUGUGGUAGUAUAACUGAGAUAUUAGGUUGUGAGAUGCUGCAGUGAAACUUUUCUUCUGUAGUGGAGGUUGUCAUUCAUCAUUAUCACAUCUGCCUUAUGCAACUUCAGAAUAAUGUGAGAAGCUUUGGACCCAAUUGGCCCACAUUUUUACACAAGGUGAGAAACAUCUGCAAGUAGAACAAAGACUGAAGUUGAGUAUAAACCUAUAAUCAGCUGUUUCCAGGCACAUUUGCCAAGUGUCAUAUGUUAUGGUAUGAAUAUCAUUUCCAUCUUGCAUCAUACUAUAGCAGAUUUAGACAAACAUUAAUCUAUGACUUAAAAUGUUUGAAACUCUUGCACAGAUAAUAAUCAAUAAGGUGGGACAAGCUGCCUCAGUAAAGGCCUUUUUCAUGGUUUUGUGUGUGUGUGGGUGUGUGUGAUGGGUUUGUAUAAUUUCAAAGGUUUCUUUUGUACAUGUUUUUGUGUGUCUAGAGGAGUUGAUAUCAUGUUGCUGCAGAUUGUUAGAUGUGUUGCUUGGGUGCUAGCUUUAUUAAGACAUUUAGCAGGAGACAUUGUUUCUAACACAGCUAAGUCUUCCAUUGUGCACUGCAUGGUAACUGAGUUUCUUAUUUAUGGAUCAGGCAAAAGACAAUCUCAUUCACUGGUCUAUUCGCAAAAAAAAGCAAAUUUAUCAUAAAUAUAGUUUUGUGGUCAUUUCUUUCAGUAUGUUUCAUGCAUCUGUAUAGUCUGAAACAGUAUUUUUAGCGAGACAGUCUGCAUGUUUAUGUGCAUAUGGGUGUGAGUUGGUGGGGGGGAAGGUAAAUCAAGAAGCCUUUUUGGUGAAAGUUUCAGCAAAACUGUUUAAUUCUAGGCAUCAGUUAUUGAAUAACUGUGUGUCUGACUGCCUUAUGGGGAUAACUCUGUAAUAUAGAGUAGGAGCAAAUGAAAUACAACUUAUUUUAGGUUUUCACAUUUUUUUUCCUUCUCACAUUUAAAGAAAGGAGACAUUUUAUCUCCCAUUCCAUUCACUAUAUAGACAAGAGAAGUCAUAGGACAAGUCAUAGGAGACCAAAAUUUGUUUUCAGUGAGCUGUCUUUAUUGCAUCACUUAGGAGUAGGAAUAGCUGUUUCACUCUCAGUAAUUUAGCAGUUUCACUCAGAAGCUGUAACCACUCUUACUGGUGAACUUAUUAUUUGUAAGAUAGCAAGGCUUUUUUCCCCCUUUCCCACAAACAAAUCUUUCUGUUGAGUAUGUUAGACUCUGUUCCUUGAAUAUAUGAUGAUGAUUGUAUCACUUCAAAAAAGUACUGCAUAAAGCUGGAUGCCUUUAUCUGUUGGUUAAUGUGAAUCCUGGACUUUGCUCACUAAACUAUAGGAGUCAGCAGCUUCUCGAGCACUAGACAAGAAGCACAGUGACUGGUGGGUACAGGGUAUAUCAUGAGAUAUUUCCUUUAAUGAGCUGGGUUUUUUUUUUUUUUGUUUUUUUUUGCUGCUGUGAGUUUUAGAAAACUGAUAGUCAUCUUAAAUGACUUAAAAGCCUAGCAUAUGAGAUUCAAAGAAAAACUAAGGAAAAUUCUACCUCUGUCAGAAAGUCUGUCAAACAGGCAUCCUAAAAUUUCAGCUGCAGCCCAACAUUGUUCAUGGGCUGCUGUGAUUAUGUGUGAGCAGGUGAGCAUAUUGUUCACAUGCUGAUUCUGUUGACUCAAAAAUCCACCAACUACAAAAAUAUCACAAAUUGGAUGAAAACAAACUUCUGGUGGUAUGACUGAAGUGAUUCACACACAUAUACACAAGCUGACGCGUGCCAAAUCUCGCUCAGCUUCUUCACUCCCUCUUUCUCCAACUCAACAAUAUUGCCAUUCCUAUUUAUGACUGCUAAGAAUCUGAGGUGGUGUAUUUGAUGACACUUUGUCCAUGCAUCAUUUUGUAUCCCAUACUGCUUUGUGCUAUCAUAAUCUCCAACACAGCAGCCAGAUCUGGAAACAUCUUCCAACAGAAACCACCACUAACUGACUCGAUUAUCAUCCAUAUUCUACCGACAUCAUUUUCUGUAAGAAGAAUAAUCACAAAACUUCUCUUUGCUGCAUUCAGCUGGCUCCCAGUUUCCGAACACUUUCAAAAUAAAGUCAACAUCUUCUGUUAUAAACAGGGCUUCUGCUAAGGCUAAAUUCUUUGGGGUCCCAGGGACCUCUUCUUCAGAUUUUUAAGGGGUUCCUGUUCUUCGCCCAAAUUUGAAGGGGUCCUCCGAACUUUUAAUGCAUACUGUACGCAAUUUUUUGUGUAAGCAGAAGCCCUGUAUAAAUAUCUCAGUGGUUCUGCCCUACCCACCUAUCCAACUGGUUUCAGAUCUAGAUGACUUGUUCUCUCCGCUGUUUUUCUGAUCUCUUCAAGAUGUUUCUUAAACCUUAUCUUUUCCUUCUCCCAUAGUGUGUGUGUGGAUAUACAUAGGUGUGUAUGAGUUCUUUUAUGUGUGCACUGUGAAUUGCUGUAGGAAGAGUGGGUGUUUUCUAAAAACAUUAUUUGCAAGCUGGGAUUCUGUAUUAUGAGCUAUUAUUGUUAUUAAAAUUUGCUGUUUGAACUCCUUGAAGUUCCUGUCAGAAAGCAUAACAACCACAAAAUAUAGGCAGUUUCAAUUUUAGCACCCUGUAAAUUUCUGAUAACUCACAAAAGUCAUACCUCGUGUUUAUGUUUGUGUGGAAAGCAGUCUUAACACUUCCUUCUUAAAAAAAGGCAGCUUAAUUGAACCUGUUUUUAAAAUAUCAAUACUUGUUAUACUGGUAAUUCCCGUGUUCUGAUAGCAUCUCAGUUUGUUUGUACACCUUUGAUUGCAGUGUUUGCUCCUUUACAACCUUUGUUAGAGAUUACUUGUGUUUUUCGCCCACCCUAUACCAAAUUAAUUUUAAUAUUUUAUAGACUGUAUAUCUCAAACUGAUGUACCCUAGCUGUUACCCCAAUAUCAGCAUAGCCAUUUUUUGGAAAUAACUGUAACAGGAUGGAAGAAAAUUUCAUUUGCAGUAUAUGAUAAUCAGUGCUGGUAAAAAUGAUAUACAGGUAUAUCUAGGAUAAUAAUGGCAGAUGUUUACAGUGGAUGGGCCUGGUAGUGCUUGGGGCUCUAUAUCUGAUUUUAUAUUUAAAUAGCAACUAUGUCUUCUCUUAGUAUUGAUGUCUUUGUACAGGUUUGACUUGAGUGUAAGGAACUUUCUAAGUUACUCUAGUGAUGCAAUGCAGACUACUAUCCAGUCAUUUGUUUUUCAUUUGGUAUGGUGCUGUUCAUGAUGUAUGAUCAAGAUGUAGAAAUAGUACAGUAUUUCUAGUAUCUUGAUUCCACAUUGAUUCUUUUUGUUCUUUAUUUGAGCAUUGUAUAGGAAACAUACUUGCAUAAUAUAUGAGAGAGUAUGCUAUUCAAACCCUCAUAUUAUUACAUAGGUGAUUAGGUAUGGGAGAAGGGGUCAAGAGAAGAUCAAUUGCUUGGAAUGACAUUGUGGUCUCUGCUGACAAGUGAUUUUUCUUAAUUUUACUAGGAAGAGCAUGUGAGAGAAUUAUAUAUUUUAGUGAAACAUCAUUUUAAAGUAAUUACUACAAAGUUAAAUACUGAUAUUUAUAACCACCAACAAAAUCAUGAAAAUUUCUCUAUUCAAUAUAUUUAGACUUUACGAAAGUUGCAGAAGGAUGGAUAGAAAUACUUAUGUUCAUGAUGUUCCUUGUCAUUGAAUUUCAUUGUCAUGGAUCAAGCAGAAUGCAUAAAAGAGAUAGAUUUAAUUCUCUUAGAA